CGUCGCGUCUGUCGCGGAUCAGCCUUCGUAAUAGGACGUUAUUUAGUGGUCAUCCGGUGACAUCUGAAUUGUCAAGUUCUGUGCCACGCAAGUUGUUUUGAGCAUUGAGUUGUCUCGAACGAAUAAGUAUAAUCGCUAAAGGUAACUAAAAGCCGCAGCUGGAUUUUCUUACACACUCCACGAUGAGAACGACUAACGGCGGAUUCAACACGGGUGACACGCACGAAUGUUGAAGGAUCUAUACGUAAACCAGUGGGAUGUUAACAGCAUUCACUUUGAUGUAUGUACCAAGGUAGUAAGCUGAAGGAUGAGAUUAUCCUCCUCGACGAGUUCACGUAACUUAAGCUCGUCAUAGCGGUCACUCGGCUAAGGAUUACGCAUCAGCCAUGAAUAAAGCCCACAUGGACAAAAGACUGAAUCAGUUGCCCACCUGGCUGUGGACUAAUUCCACUACUUUACCACCGGUCUACAAAAUGGUAUGGGAAGCAGUGCGGGAGGAUAAGGUCAGAUCGAAUGGAAUGCAAACCGAGUUGCUUGUCGACACUAACAAAGUCUUUCCCUUGUUGCUUACUAGUCAGCUUCCCACAGAAGUUCUUGGACACAUAUGGAACUUAGCAAAUCAAAAGUAUGCUGGUCAGCUCACAGAGCAGGAACUAUAUAUUGUUCUUGCUCUGGUUGCAGCUGCUCAGGCUUCUUAUACCUUUAAUAGUCUAGAUAUAUUACAUUUACUUCCAUUUCCGCCUACGCCGUACUUAAACAUAGAAUGUUUAAUGAAUCUGCAGCCUGUAACACAGUUGAAUUCUCCAGCUAAGUUUCAAAGCCUUAAUGACAACGCAGAGCUGAACUUCAUUGGUCCAGAUGGCAGAUAUUUGUCAGAUGUCAAGGGGAAGACAAAAUUGCAUCAGCAUGGUAUUAUAUCUUCUGAUUCGAACGUGCAAACAACAAACAGUGUACCUGGGAAAAUUUCUUCAUCGGAUGGUAAAUUUCACAUGACUUCUACCACUGUGUGGGAUGUGAAUAAUAUAUUGAAAGAAACAAAACAAGCAACCAACCGCAUUCAAAUUGAUUCUAAGCAUUCGUCUGCGACGGAUUCGUGCGAUGAUUUCUCCGAGUUUCAAAGCGCUCCGAUUCCUAACAUUCCUAGUGUUCCCAUUUGGGACACGAAACAAGGGUCCGCGAUCGGCAGCAGAUUGGCAAAUCAUAAUUUAGGUGUCAAGAAACCUGUAGAGAAGUCAAAAAAGAAUAACAUAAACGUUAAAUCCGUGCACGGCUCUGUUCACGUGAAGAUCACAGCUACACCUUUGAAUACAUCUCAGAAUAAGGAUCAGCCUACACUGGAUUGUUUACCCGAUCUAUUUCCUAAAUGUACAAUAAAAAAUCAAUCUAAAACAGUAAUACUUAAGGAUACAGUGAUAAGGAACAAUGAUCCGCCCAAGGACCAUAGUGAAACUGUAAAGGAUCGUAUAAGCUCAGAAAUUAUAAAUUUAAAUAGUCAGAAAGAUGUAUCGAACAAAAUAGAAUGGUCGGAGAAGGUUUCAUCAGGAAUAUUGCAAUUUAAUCAACAGGACCUAAUGAAUAACCAGCUCGUCGAAGAUAAAUAUAGUGCCUUGCGUGCAUUGGUUCAGGACGCAAUUGUGUCAAAAGAAUCAGAAUUAAACGCAAGUCAUAACAGUCAGUCAGUCGACGAAUUCGGAGAAUUUAUAUCCGCGGAACAGCCGGCAAGCAACGCUUCUGUCUCGAAUACUUUAGACACUGAUAAUUGUACCGACAUCUUUACAGAAUUUGUGCUUAAAUCUAACAAUAGUAAUACAAAUACGACGGAUUUGAAUGUCAUGCCGGAAAAUUCUGAAUCGUUCGACAAUUUUAAGCUCGAGGAUAUUGUAGUAGAAGAACGCUCGUUAGAAAUGGGGAAAGCUCUUCAGAAGGAAGAUGCCAUAUCAAUUAAUAGUAUAGAGUUCAUGAACGGUGCACCAAAUGCACUGACUCGAUCAGGAUCUGUGCCUAGUUUAGAUCUUAAGUCUUUCUUACCUUCAAAUACAGAAGAUGAACAAGUAGUUGAUACUACACAUCAGUCAGAAUACUGGGAAUGGAAGCAAUACAUGGAAAGCUGUGUACUAUUAUUACAAGUAGCUGCAAAUAUAUUCACAAGUAUUACCUCGGAACUCGUUCUGCACGAGGUUCUAAAUUCAGCGCAGGGAUAUAAUUUCCUCUGCAACUUGGCCGAAGUCGCGGCAGUUUGUAGACGCGUUAAUUUUUCGUAUAAAGAAAUGGAUAUUAAUAUAAUAGGAUUUGAUGAGUUGCUAAUGGACAUUGACAGGAUUUGGGCAGAAAUGGAGCCGUUUUACACAAACAUUCCGAUUGUCACGGAACUACCAGCUUGGCCUUUGCAUCAAGGAGAAACCAUUUGCUGUUCUCUUUGCUUAACAGUUAUUACUAGCGGCAGAGUAGUGUAUAACGAGAAUAAUUAUCACGUAACUUGCGCAAAUUUGUGGCUUAAUUGUGUGAACAGUCAUUUGCCGGUGAUGCGGCACCCGUCUUUCUAUUCACACUCGAACAUUUGUCCAGGUAACAAUCAUAUAUGAUAUUGAUCUGCAUAAGAACGACAAGAAGCUUAUGUUCAGAAGUUUGUUAUAGUACACACUUAUUACACAAACGAUUUGUAGAGAACAGAACAGGCUACCUUUAUAUCUGAUUAAUGACUAGAAAAAUCAAACAUUAACAUUUUUAAAUAUUUAUCAUGUGAGAAGAGUAUGGCAAUCAAGCGAAACGAAAUCGAACAUGUGUACAGUAAGGGCAAUGAAUUCGAUACGAAUUGUAUAUAUUCUUUAAAUCCGAACAUUUUCGAGGUCUUACAGACUAGUCCACUUAAAGAUAUUACUGUACAGGCAGUGAAAAGGUUAGAGGGAUAUAUUAAUAUACAUACAUUAUAGUUCAUUUGAAUAGUCGAAAAAGUCUC